AUGGCUGACAACUGCCAUGCUUAAUGCUCUUAAACUUUCCUCAAAAGAAGGAAGCAAAAUGGAGUUACCUCUGGAUGAAGAUGACGACACUUUCACCAACAUUUCUUUGGCAGAUGAUUCAGAACACUUCUCCAGAAUACGCUCUUCACAAGUGGAAAGUGCCCAUUCUGCAAUGAUGAAUGCUGACAUGGAUGCUGUUGAAGCUGAGAAUCAGUUGGAGUUAGAAGAGAAAACACGGCUUAUUAAUCAAGUUUUGGAACUGCAGCAUACACUUGAAGAUCUGUCAGCACGAGUAGAUGCUGUCAAGGAAGAAAACUUGAAACUGAAAUCAGAAAACCAAGUUCUUGGACAGUAUAUAGAAAAUCUGAUGUCAGCAUCUAGUGUUUUCCAAACAACUGACACAAAAAGCAAAAGGAAGUAAGGGUUGAUUCACGAUGUUAUUGUAUUGCUGCUGUCUUUUUUGUUUUAAUUGGCAUAGGCUACAUGAGCUAAAUACCUUAGUUUGUGGCUUUACCAGAUACCUGAAGACUGUAAGCUUCAGUUAUAAAAUGGAAUUAAGAGCAUCAUCAUGAACAGGAGACAAGUUUGUGUAUUGUUAAGAUUAAGCACUGUGCAAAUGUAGUGUAGAAACUAACUAGGCUUUCAUAUUCAUGUUUUAAAAAUGGGCAUAUCUUGUUAAACUGGAUUUAGUUUGUCAGAUUAAACAAAUGUGUCUGUUGGCUACCUUUGAGGUUUUAGGGUAGUGCUCUUGACUAGCAAAACAAUAUGAUUAUAAAAUGGAAGUGUUGAAACCUUAUUUAAUAUAAAUAUUUGAAGUCUAAUUGCAUCACCUUUUUCACUGCAAGUAUACUUAGAUUGCUGUAUAGUACUAUCCAUAUCUCUGAAAAGCAACUUUAAACAAAAACCUAUAAGCCACUUAGUUUCUGUGAAGUAAUAACAGUAUAACAUUAUUUGCAGGGCUUGCAGAGGUGAAUAUUUAUUUUCUUUUAAUAUAGAAAAAAUAAGAUUUUUGGGAGGGUGGACAGCAAGGGAAGGGGAAGCAAGAAUAAGCAACUUGCAUCUGAGAAAUACUGAACUGAUGCAAUAUCGGACUGUUUGUAGUUUGUAAGAUGCACACUUCAAACCAUUUUUACUCCCCUAGUUCCUCAGUGAACGAUCAGGCACUGCGUCACAAUGUAUGAUCUUCCAAAAGAUUUUCAGUUGUGUGAUUAAGAGUUAUGAAAACACCCAGUAAUAAGCUUGACAGAAAGUCAGCACUGUUCCUCUUGCUCAUUCUGAAAACCUGCAGUGAGGAACUAAGAACAAGUCUUUGCUUGCCACCUUUUACCUUCCUCCUGGAGUGCCAAACCUGUCCUUACUUCAGCCAUUAGAGCAACAGUUUUCCUGCCUCCAGGCCUAAGCUUGUGAAGUACCUCUUGAGGUGCACCACACCACCAAGGGGAAGAGGUGGCAGUGGAGGUAGUGGAGGCCUCUCAGACUGAGCUGCUCCAAGCAGUGCCUGGUGUCAAGGUGUCCUGUCUUACACUUGCUGGGUGGUUCGUUAGCAGGCUUUUAGGGGCACUCAGGCCACUCAGUGGGCCUCAGCGCUUCCCAGAGAGAGGGCACAUCUGGCACGAUCAGUAUUAAGAAGAAAGCAGAAGCUAGAAUACAAACAACAAACAAUGUAAGCUUUAUCAGUACUCAGUUACAUCUGUUUCAUCUUGCCAACAACAGCUUGUCUGUGGAUAUUAUACAAAACUUAUGUCUGCCUCUUAGGUAGUGAAGGCAUUUUACCUUACCUCUCAAGAAAAGGAAACAUUAGUUCAAGGUUUUCUUUCAUCUUUGUUAUGGUAGAUUCUGAAAAAUAAACAAAGCUGCAGGAACUGCAUGAGUGAGUAGAUGUAAUGAUAGAAUAGACCCAUCUCAAAAUGCGAGUUUCUCAGCAGCUAAGCACUGCUCUUCCUCAACUGCAAGCAGGCCUUGUGAGGUUCCCUUCCCCUGAGAGAGGUGUCUCAUUUGUCUUUAUUUAAAAUGGCUGUAUAGCACUCCUCUUGGAGUGUCAGCAUCAAAUGACUGCAAACAAAGUACUAAUUAUGUCUUAAGGGUUGAUUGUAAGCCUGAGUCAAGAAACCCGAUUAUGAAAAAAAUUUUGGGUGCUAUUGGGAACUUCACCCACCAAGGCAAAAAUGGGUGAUCUCAUUUAUGUGAUGGGGGUCCUAUAAACAUCUAAAAUUAUUUUAAUCUUCUGUGGACUGUUCUUUUUCCUUUUACUGCCUAUCUAGAGCUCUGAAUACAUCUAAGAAUUUCUAGCAGGUAGGAUUAGUAACCUGGCUAGUAACCUACUUGGUGUCUGAAGGGUUUGAGGAUUAAAAAAAAAAAAAAAAAAAAACAGCACUUGACUUAUAGAAGUUACAUUUCAUUAUAGCCAUCCUAGCGUAAAAGCCAUGUCACUACACGUUUUCAUCUGCACUGUAAGAGAUACUUACCAAUGUCAAGAGGUAACAGAGCAUGCACUUGUUAAAUUUCAGCAAUUCUCCUGAGAUCAAGUAACCUUAAAAUCAUGGGUUUGUAUUGUAAGACUGGAUAGUGGUAUUUUAUCCAUUUAUGUAUAUAGCAGUCAUUUCAUCUUUUAACAUUUAACAUCCCACUAUUGUGGCCUUCAUUUAACUUAUGAACAUUUUAAAGAUGUUGUAUUUCUGACUUUACACUAAAUAAAAGCUUUUGAUUUGUCUGAA